AUGUCCAACAGCAGCUCCAUCACCCACUUCCUCCUCCUGGCGUUCACAGAGAUGCGGGAGCUGCAGCUCCUGCACUUCUGGCUCUCCCUGGCCAUCUACCUGGCUGCCCUCCUGGGCAACGGGCUCAUCGUCACCGCCAUCGCCUGCGACCACCGCCUCCACACCCCCAUGUACUUCUUCCUCCUCAACCUCUCCCUCCUCGACCUGGGCUCCAUCUCCACCACUCUCCCCAAAUCCAUGACCAAUUCCCUCUGGAACACCAGUGCCGUCUCCCACUCGGGAUGUGCUGCACAAUCCUUUAUGUUUCUCUUUUUGAUGUCAGCAGAGUUUUGUCUCCUCACGGUCAUGGCCUACGACCGCUACGUGGCCAUCUGCAAACCCCUGCACUACGGGACCCUGCUGGGCAGCAGAGCCUGUGCCCACAUGGCAGCAGCUGCCUGGGCCGGGGGGUUUCUCAAUGCUGUCAUGCACACGGCCAGUACAUUUUCACUCCCCCUCUGCCAUGGCAAUGCCCUGGGGCAGUUCUUCUGUGAAAUCCCCCAGAUCCUCAAGCUCUCCUGCUCAGGCACCUACCUCAGGGAAGUCAGGUUUAUUGUAGUUAGUGCCUGUUUAGCAUUUGGCUGUUUUGUUUUCAUCCUUUUCUCCUAUGUGCAGAUCUUCAGGGCUGUGCUGAGGCUCCCCUCUGAGCAGGGACGGCACAAAGCCUUUUCCACGUGCCUCCCUCACCUGGCCGUGGUCUCCCUCUUUGCUGUUACUGCCAUGUUUGCCUACCUGAAGCCCCCCUCCAUCUCCUCCCCAUCCCUGGACCUAGUGGUGGCAGUGCUGUACUCGGUGGUGCCUCCAGCAGCAAACCCCUUCAUCUACAGCAUGAGGAACCAGGAGCUCAAGGAUGCUGUGUCGAAACUGAUCAGUGGAUGUUUUUCACAAGCUAGAAACUGCCUGUUGUCUUCUGCACAUCAUUCAUAA